GGAGCGCGAGGGGGCGAGCGGCGGCGGCGGCGGCGGCGGCGGCGGCGGCGGAGCGCACGGACACGCACACGCGCGCACACGGACACACACUCGGAGGACGCACGCCCGCGCGCACACACACGCCGCGGCAGCUCGCCUUCCCGCCCGGCUUCCUUCCUGCCUGCUCCGCGCCUGACAGGCUCCGCGCCGCAGCCAGUGCCCGCCCGCACCGGGCCGGGGCCGAGGCCGAGGCCGGGCCUGGCGGGGCCGGCGGCGAGGGCAGCAGGGGCCGCGGGCGGCGGCGGCGGCUCAUGCCCGGCCUGUCCCCGCGCGGGGCGGGCACCGUGACUCGGCUGGGCCCCCGGCGGCGGGCGAUGUGAAGAUGUCAGUGGGCUGUGCCUGUCCUGGUUGUUCCUCAAAGUCAUUCAAGCUGUACUCACCGAAGGAGCCCCCGAACGGCAACGCCUUCCCUCCCUUCCAUCCCGGCACCAUGCUAGAUCGGGAUGUGGGCCCAACUCCCAUGUACCCACCUACAUACCUGGAGCCUGGGAUUGGAAGGCACACACCAUAUGGCAACCAAACUGACUACAGAAUAUUCGAGCUUAACAAACGGCUUCAGAACUGGACAGAGGAGUGUGACAAUCUCUGGUGGGAUGCUUUCACAACUGAGUUCUUUGAGGAUGAUGCCAUGCUAACCAUCACUUUCUGUCUGGAGGAUGGACCAAAGAGAUACACCAUUGGCCGGACCCUGAUCCCACGCUACUUCCGCAGCAUCUUUGAGGGUGGUGCUACAGAGCUGUACUAUGUGCUUAAGCACCCCAAGGAGGCAUUCCACAGCAACUUUGUGUCCCUCGACUGUGACCAGGGCAGCAUGGUGACCCAGCACGGCAAACCCAUGUUCACCCAGGUAUGUGUGGAGGGGCGGUUGUACCUGGAGUUCAUGUUUGAUGACAUGAUGCGGAUAAAGACGUGGCACUUCAGCAUCCGGCAGCACCGGGAGCUCAUCCCCCGCAGCAUCCUUGCCAUGCAUGCCCAGGACCCCCAGAUGUUGGAUCAGCUCUCCAAAAAUAUCACACGCUGUGGGCUGUCCAAUUCCACUCUCAACUACCUCCGACUCUGUGUGAUACUCGAGCCCAUGCAGGAGCUCAUGUCCCGCCACAAGACCUACAGCCUCAGCCCUCGCGACUGCCUCAAGACCUGCCUUUUCCAGAAGUGGCAGCGUAUGGUGGCACCCCCCGCGGAGCCCGCCCGGCAGCAGCCCAGCAAACGGCGGAAACGGAAGAUGUCAGGGGGCAGCACCAUGAGCUCGGGGGGUGGCAAUACCAACAACAGCAACAGCAAGAAGAAAAGCCCAGCCAGCACCUUCGCCCUCUCCAGCCAGGAUGUGAUGGUGGUGGGGGAGCCCACCCUGAUGGGCGGGGAGUUCGGGGACGAGGACGAGAGGCUCAUCACCCGGCUGGAGAAUACCCAGUUUGACGCGGCCAACGGCAUUGACGACGAGGACAGCUUUAACAACUCCCCUGCCCUGGGCGCCAACAGCCCCUGGAACAGCAAGCCUCCCUCCAGCCAAGAGAGCAAAUCGGAGAACCCCACGUCACAAGCCUCCCAGUAAAGGCCUCCUCACCAGGGCCACGCAGCGCUCUGCCCACCUGCCCCACCCCUCGAAGCCCCAGGGAGCAGAAGACAGAAUGAAGAGACUGAGCAUCUGAAAUGGGCAGCCUUCAUCCACCCACUUCAGGGAGGAACUGGACUCGCUGGGGGCAGGUGCCAAGCUUUGCCCCCUAGUGGCCCUGGGCUGGGCCUGGCCUCUUCAGAGCCUUUUGGGGGAAGGAGGGUACUCAUGUGGAUGCCUACCAGGACCCUGGGCCUCUGAGAAAUGUUCUGAACACCCCCAGAGCAUUUGCCUCCAUCUUCACCCCAGGUUCUGGGUCCCCCAUCCUCCUGACUCUGCCCCCUUCAAGCCUGGGGUUGUCUGUACCCACAGCUCCUAGGGACUUAAAUGUAUGGAGCUUGGUUGAGCACCCCUCCCCCAGGCCCUUCACCCAGGUGGCUGGUAAUAGGGGGGUAAAACUCUUGAGCCCCUCCCUUUUACCACCUCCCAGCUUCACGUUUUUUUUAAAAAAAAUAAUAUUAUUAAAAAUGUAAGUUUAAAAAAAAAAUCACUCAUGUCCCCCCUCUUCCCCUUAUUAGAAGUCCAGCUACCUCCCUAUUCCUGGCAGAUGGGGGGCUUAGGGUCCAGGUGGAGGUGAGUGUGGGGGUUACACAUCAUUUUAUAUAGUUUAAGAGCUUCAGACCAAGGAGACACUUUGCCAUCUCUCUUCCCUUUUCCUCGGGGGUGACUGGAGUUGGGGAAGGCAUGCCAUGGGGCAGGGGGCCAUUGGUGGCCUCACCUUUGUAACAGCUCACAGCUGUUGUCCGUCUCCCCAUCCUCCAGGAGUCUGGCCUGCCCUUCUAGUGCUUGUGAGUCCCUCAAACCCAGCCCCCUCCCCCCAUGAUGUGUACUCUUUACAAGCCCUCCACUAGAGCAGCUGCCUUGGAUGGGAGGAGGGGAGGCGCCCUCCCUUAGGGAGUGUGGCGGGAAGGGAGCAGCCUUGUUUGUCACUGUGUUUUUUGUUUUGUCUCAGUUUGGCAGGCAUGGGAUAGGGGAGGGGUUCACCCAUAUUCUCCAGUGCUUUCUUCCUCCAAUCCCUCAAAUUUUGUAUCUAAUCCUCCCCUGCCCUCCAUAGAGGAGCCACUGAGGAUGUCCCAGCUCUAAGCUCACCAGGGAGGAAUAGGCCUCUGUUCGCCAGCUGAAGUAGAGGAUCUUCAUCUCCCAAUACCCUCCAGCUCCUGGUCUCAUAGAAGGAAGGGGAAGGCUCCAGGAUCCUCAGUUCUCUUUCAGUUGGACAUGUGGAAGCUCUGAGCCCAGUUUGAGGCCAAAAGCAGGAUCCUAUGAGUGUGGGCCCAGCUCUGCCUUUUCCCACUUACAGUUCCAGAAGUGUUAGUACCACACUCUUCCCUACUCUUCCUUCUGGAUUCUGGGGCCCUUUACACCCUGAUUCCUUCACUCUAGCUGCCACUGUUGUAAGGGUAUUGUGCCAGGAGCUGAGGGAAGGGGGUGGGGAAGGUGAAUGUCCCACCCUAACUGUAAUGCCUUUUUUUUUUUUUUUUUUUUUUUUUUUUUGGCCAUUUGAGUCAUGUAUGGUACAGAUCAAUAAAGAGACUUUUGGGUUUGA